AGCGAGCGCGUGGCCUCCGGGCACCCAAUGGGAGCGCCGGGGCGGUCUGAGGCGCUGGGUUGAAACGUGCGCGAGGAAGCGCGUGAGCGGCCGCAGCUGAGGAGGCGGGCUUGAGAGUGAGAAUGGCAAAAAAAAGAAAAGCUGCAGACAUGAAGACAGAAAAGAAAAAGGAAGAAAUGAAGCAUCACUUGGCAGAAAAGAAAAAGAAAAAAAUGAAGCAUCUCGUAUCAGAAAAGGAGCAACAGGUCGAUGAACCUAAGUUGAAAAAACAGAAUCUGGAGGAAAAGAAACCAGAGGAGGAUAAAGAUGAAGAACUUUCUCCAGAGGAAAAGAGGACGUUGGAAAGAAAGCUGAAGAAAGAGCGCAAGAAGGAAGAAAAGAGAUUAAUGCGAGAAAAAGGGAUCAUAGUUAAGAAAGCAGAAUCUAAGAAACCGUCACGGUCAGAGUUGGCACUAGACUAUUUAACUAGCUGGUCUGAAAGUCCCAAAGAAUGGAAGUUUCAGAAGACAAGGCAAACUUGGCUUCUUUUACACAUGUAUGAAAAAGAUAAGGUCCCUGAUGAAUAUUUUUCCAUUUUGCUGCGGUACCUUGAAGGACUCCAAGGCAGUGCGCGAGACGUAACUGUGCAGAAAGCAGAAGCUGUCAUGAAGGAAUAUGACAAUUCUGAAAGAGAAGAUUCAAGCCAGCUGGAGAAAUGUGAGCGGAUCCGAAAAGUUCUACAGUUGUUAUCAUGAAAUCAUCAUCCUAUCAAGCCUUCCCACACCCAUAUAUCUGCAUUUUAUUAUAGGACCAGAGCUGAAUAUACCGGUAGUUCCUAGCCUUUAAACAGAUCUGUGAAAUUCAAACUCUCUUUCAAAAGCAGUAUUUCCCCCCAUCUUUGUCCUCUCUCUUUUUAAGCAAAUUUCUUCCAGUAUUGCAAAGGUGAUGAAAAAUAAUUGAUUCGUAUUAAAACAGCAGCAGCAACAAGACUUUGACUCCUACUGGUAUUUUUCUGCUCUUCUUUUAGGAACUAUUUCCUUUAGCUUUUUCAUACAUAAUUAUUAUUAAGGGUUUUGCAUCUGUUAGUGGCAAUUCCCUCCAUAAUAAUGGUUUUAAACCCAACUGAAAUGAUUAACUUCCAUUGAAGCAGCUUGAGGCGUCUUUUGUCUGUUAACUGCUGGUUUCAUUACUCAACUUGUAGUCAAAGUUGAAAGUCUGGAAGCUGUUGGCUUAUGUUGGUCUUCCUUUAUUUUUCUUGAAAGUUUUGUUUUAUUUUAAUCAGCAACCACAAAAUAGUGCUGAAAUGCACACAACUGUAAGAACAGCAAUUAUGAGAAGUUUACAGUAAAGUAGACAAAAUAUCAUUACAAUUGCAAAGUACAUUUCAGCAAGGCUCACAAAGAACCAUAAAGCACAAAAGUAACUGUAAUAUAUUGAAGAAUGCUCCAAGCAUUAUUUUAAGCUGACAGCAGACAGGUUUCCAGAUAAGGUCCUGUUUUGAAGAUCUUCCUCAGAUGAUAGAUAUCACCUCAAAAACAUUUCAAGGCCCUGAUUGCAGUUUUCAACUGGGAGGACUUCAGGAAUAUUUUUUCUCCAAGAUGUUAUUCGAAGAGGAUAAUACCACUUCAAUGGUGCAAAAUUCUGGCAGAUUUUUAUUUUAGUUACCGACAUGCUAAUGUGAGAUAACAAAAUCCUGGACUCUUUCGUGUGUUAUGAUCAAUAAAAGGAUACAUUGUUGCCAUUUUGGUGCAUACCUGGCCUUCAUACUGCCCUUGUGUGAUUGUGUUCCUGAUGAGUAAAUCUUGCAUUCA